AUGAAGAACGAGCUUCUACUUUUUAGAACGAGGUUCACCCUGAGACUAGUUAGCAUAGCUCCAGAGGAAGCAGGUAAUUAUAGUCGAGAUCGUAGGACCAUUCUUCAAAUAGGAAUCCUGGAAAUAAUAAUAGGUAGAAUGAUGCCCGAAGACCAUUGGUUGCCUAAAAAAUAACCCAACAUAUUCAUAGAGACCUAGCACAAACUCGAAGACAUUGAGUGCUGUGACUUUGUCCCCUAAGACAGGCAAGUUCGCUAUAAUUUCAAAUACUAUUGUCCAGUAUGUCUGAGAUACUUUAACCACAUUCUUGUGAGUUAAUGCUGCUUUAACUAUAUGUGUCAUUUCUGUGCAGAUGAGUAAUUGGAAAGAGAAAGAAAUAUAGAUAAAUUUAUAGCGAAAUGCCCGUAUAACUGUGAGGGUAAAUUUGAACUUAAAGAUGUUACUCCUAAUAUGCAGGUUAAAAGGUACUCUGAUUCUUAAUUCAUGAGUUUUUAUUCAAAUAAUUUGGGUAAGAAUACAGCUGGUGGAUUUGGAAAGUUUGGAAAAGAAAAUAUGAGUCCUUAGAUUGUUAAAAAUCUCACUAGUGAAAAUUUCAACAAUAAUAAAACAAAGAAUGCCUUUAUCAAUUCUGCUAAUGGAUUCAUGAGACCCUAUUAAGACCAAAAUAGUUUGCAAUUGCAGGAUGAUGAAGAAAGUAAGAGAUAAAUGAUGAUGCAUCGUAGUGAUGCAAUGCAGUAUGUGUAAAGGCCACCUUUAAACUAAAUACGAGCUAAUAUUAUAAGAUAGGCAAAUUAAGGAUUCGUGAUGCAAUCAAAUACAAUGACUAUUAAUAAUGGUGGAGAUGAUGUUUUUAGCUAACCUCCAGUAGAUCAUUAUUAUGAACAAGAUAAUUACUAAUUCUAAAGUCCCCAGUCAAGACAAAAUUUUAAUUAGAACAUUGAUGGAAUAUCCGCAAUAGACCUACCAGGAGGUCAGGGAAUAUAAACUUAUAACUCUUCAGCUGGCUUCCAAGGAUUCAAUGAAUACACAGACUAUAACAUCCAAUCUCAGGGUUUUGAAGUUUAGGGACCUUAAUUUAUAAAUGUUGAGAACAACUUCUCUCCUUAGUAGUAAAUUAGUCAAGAUCGAGAUGAUCUCAGCAGUAUUGAGGAAGAUGAUGAUGACCUUGACAGAGAACAUCAUUGA